AUGCAGCCCUUAAGGCCGCCCCCCCCCUUCGGGGGUCCUCCUGGGGUAGCUCCCCCUCCUCCAGGGAAUGCUGCAGCAGCAGCUGCUGCUGCAGCUGCAGCAGCGACAGCAGCAGCAGUUGCAGCAGGAGCUGUCCCAACCCAGCCACAGCAGCAGCCACAGCAGCAGCCACCCCCAGGUUUUUCCCCUCCCCCUCCCCCUGGUUUCCCUGGUAUGCGUAUGCCAGCAGCCCCACCAAAUCAAGGCAUGCAUGCAGCAGCAGCUGCUGCUGCUGCUGCAGCAGCAGCAGCAGUAAUGCCUCCUCCUGGUUAUGUUGGUGCACCUCGUCCUCCUCCUCUAAUGCCUGCACCACCGGGUGCAGUAGCAAAUCAGCGAGGUACGAUGCCUGUACCUGCAUGGAUGCAGCAGCAGCAGCCGCAGCAGCAGCAACCAUUACCACCCCCACCACCACAGCUGCAACAACAGCAGCAACAACAGCCCGGUUUCCCUUAUAGACCACCUCCCGGUCCUCCCUUCCCACCACCACCACAACAACAACAGCAGCAGCAGCAACUGCAGCAGCAGCAGCAGCAGCAACCCCCUCCACCCGGUUUAAUGGGUGGCAUUCCUGUAUCUCCACCUAUGGCAAUAGACCCAUCACAAUACACAGAAAAGAAAGAGCAACAACACCAGCAACAGCAGCAACAGCAACAGCAGCAGCAGAAAGCAGCAGCAGCAGGGCAACAACAACAACAACAACAACAACAACAACCCCCUCCUCAACAACAAAGAGUAAAAGCAAAAAGCCAAGAAGAAUUAUUACAAGAAAAAGCACGUAAAUGGCAACAAUUAACAUCAAAAAGAUAUUCAUCUCGUGAAUUACCUAAUAUAAAUAAUAAUAAUAAUAAUUAUAUAGAAAAAGAUGCAAUGCCUCCUGAACAUUUACGUAAAUUAAUAAAAGAUCAUGGAGAUAUGAGUAGUCGUAAAUAUAGACAUGAUCGUCGUGUAUAUCUAGGUGCAUUAAAAUUUCUUCCUCAUGCUGUAUAUAAAUUAUUAGAGAAUAUGCCUAUGCCAUGGGAGCAAGCAAGAAAUAUAAAUGUAUUAUAUCAUUCAUCAGGUGCAAUAACAUUUGUUAAUGAGGUACCAUUUGUUAUUGAGCCAAUAUAUUUAGCUCAAUGGGGUAGUACAUGGAUAUUAAUGAGGAGAGAGAAGAGGGAUAGACGUCAUUUUAAGCGCAUGCGUUUUCCUCCAUUUGAUGAUGAGGAACCACCUCUUGAUUAUGGAGAAAAUGUACUUGCUGUUGAGCCAUUAGAUGCAAUAAGAAUGGAUCUAGAUGAGGAAGAGGAUGCAUGCGUUAUGGAUUGGUUAUAUAAUAAUAAACCCUUACAAUAUAAUAAUAAUUAUGUUAAGGGUCCAAGCUAUAAAAGAUGGAGAUUAGAGAUACAACAAUUAUCUGUAUUACAAAGAUUAGCUCAUCAAUUAUUAUCUGAUUUACAAGAUAAUAAUUAUUUUUAUUUAUUUAAUCUUUCCUCUUUUAUUACAUCUAAAUCUCUUAAUCUAGCUAUACCUGGUGGACCUAAAUUUGAGCCCCUUUUUCGUGAUCAUUUUGAUCAGGAUGAGGACUGGAAUGAAUUCAAUGAUGUAAAUAAAAUUAUUAUUAGACAACAAAUAAGAACAGAGUAUAGAGUUGCAUUUCCUCAUUUAUAUAAUAAUAGACCUAGACAUGUUGUUCUUUCUCCUUAUCAUUCUCCUGCUGUUUCUUUUGUUAAACCUGAGGAUCCUGAUCUUCCUGCUUUCUAUUAUGAUCCUAUUAUUAAUCCAUUACCUGCAUACAAAAUGAAUGCAGAUACAGAUGCUCUUAUAGAUCCAUCGAUAGUAGAAGGAUUCGAGUUACCAGCAGCAAUGCGUCCUUUCCUAGAGGAGAGUCCUCUAUGUACGGAUACAACAGCAGCAGGAAUAUCAUUAUAUUGGUCAUGUAGACCAUUUAAUUUACGUGCAGGACGUAUGAGGAGAGCACAGGAUAUACCAUUAGUACAGACAUGGUUUAGGGAGCAUGCACCACAGAAUUAUCCUGUAAAAGUACGAGUUUCUUAUCAAAAAUUACUUAAAUGUUGGGUAUUAUGUCAUCUACAUUCUAAGCCACCUAAAUCAUUAAAGAAAAGGAAUUUAUUCCGUGUAUUUAAGACAACAAAAUUCUUCCAAUUAACAGAAAUAGAUUGGGUAGAGGCAGGAUUACAGGUAUCUAGACAAGGAUAUAAUAUGUUAAAUUUAUUAAUACAUCGUAAGAAUUUAAAUUAUUUACAUUUAGAUUAUAAUUUUAAUCUAAAACCUGUUAAAACAUUAACAACAAAAGAAAGAAAAAAAUCUAGAUUUGGUAAUGCCUUCCAUCUAUGCAGAGAAAUAUUACGACUAACUAAAUUAACUGUUGACUCUCAUGUACAAUUUCGUUUAGGAAAUGUAGAUGCAUUCCAAUUAGCUGAUGGAUUACAGUAUAUUUUUGCCCAUGUUGGGCAACUUACAGGAAUGUAUCGUUAUAAAUAUCGUUUAAUGCGUCAAGUACGAAUGUGUAAGGAUUUAAAACAUUUAAUUUAUUAUAGAUUUAAUACAGGGCCUGUAGGUAAGGGUCCUGGUUGUGGUUUUUGGGCACCAGGAUGGCGUGUAUGGUUAUUUUUUUUACGUGGUGUAUUACCUUUAUUAGAGAGAUGGUUAGGUAAUCUAUUAGCUCGUCAAUUUGAGGGUCGUGUAUCUAAGGGUACAGCAAAGACGGUAACAAAACAGAGGGUAGAGUCACACUUUGAUUUAGAGCUAAGGGCUGCAGUUAUGCAUGAUAUAUUAGAUAUUAUGCCUGAGGGAGUUAAGGCAUCCAAGGCAAGAACAAUUCUUCAGCAUUUAUCCGAGGCAUGGAGGUGCUGGAAGGCUAAUAUACCAUGGAAGGUACCAGGACUACCUGCUCCUAUAGAGAAUAUGAUCUUAAGAUAUGUGAAGAUGAAGGCAGAUUGGUGGACAAAUGCUGCAUAUUAUAACAGAGAGAGAAUAAGGAGAGGAGCAACAGUAGAUAAGACAGUUUGUCGUAAGAAUUUAGGUAGAUUAACACGUUUAUGGUUAAAAGCUGAACAAGAAAGACAGCAUGCAUAUCUAAAAGAUGGUCCAUAUGUAACAGGAGAGGAAGCAGUAGCUGUGUAUACAACAGCAGUGCAUUGGUUAGAAUCAAGAAGAUUUACUCAUAUACCUUUCCCUCCUCUUAAUUAUAAACAUGAUACAAAGUUAUUAAUACUUGCAUUAGAAAGAUUAAAAGAAUUUUAUUCAGUUAAGUCUAGACUUAAUCAGAGCCAGAGGGAAGAAUUAGGUCUAAUUGAGCAAGCAUAUGAUAACCCUCAUGAGGCAUUAUCACGUAUAAAGAGGCAUCUUCUUACACAGAGAGCAUUUAAGGAAUUAAGACUUGAAUUUAUGGAUCUUUAUUCUCAUCUUAUUCCUAUAUAUGAGAUAGAUCCAUUAGAAAAGAUUACGGAUGCAUAUUUAGAUCAAUAUUUAUGGUAUGAAGGGGAUAGUAGACAUUUAUUCCCUUCAUGGAUUAAACCUGCAGACAGCGAACCUCCUCCUCUUCUUGUAUUCAAAUUCUGUCAAGGAAUUAAUAAUCUUACAGAUGUAUGGAAUACAAGUGAUGGAGAAAGUCUUGUCCUAUUAGAAAGUAAAUUCGAGAAAGUGUAUGAGAAGGUAGACUUAACAUUAUUGAAUAGAUUAUUACGUUUAAUUGUAGAUCAUAACGUUGCUGAUUAUAUAACAGCAAAAAAUAAUGUUAGUAUAAGUUUUAAGGAUAUGUCACAUAUUAAUUCAUUUGGUCUAAUUCGUGGUCUACAAUUUUCUUCUUUUGUCUUCCAAUAUUAUGCACUUAUUCUUGAUCUUCUUCUAUUAGGGUUAACAAGGGCUACAGAAAUUGCAGGACCCCCUACCCUACCUAAUGAAUUCCUUUCUUUUACCGAUGUACAAACAGAAACAAGACAUCCUAUUCGUCUUUACUGCAGGUACAUCGAUCGUUUCUGGGUCGUCUUUAAAUUUACAAAAGACGAGAGCAGAGAUUUAGUACAAAGAUAUCUAACAGAAAACCCUGAUCCUAACAACGAAAAUGUUGUUGGUUAUCCUAAUAAAACAUGCUGGCCAAGAGAUUGCCGUAUGAGAAGGAUGAAGCGUGACGUGAAUCUGGGUCGUGCCGUAUUUUGGGAGAUAUCUAACCGUCUCCCUCGCUCAUUAGCGGCAUUGAAUUGGUCUUCUUCUUUUGCCUCUGUAUAUUCAGUAGAUAAUCCAAAUUUAUUAUUCUCUAUGGGUGGAUUUGAGUGCCGUAUUCUACCAAAGAUACGCAUGCAGAGUGAAGAAUUCUCUCAGAGAGAAGGGGCAUGGAAAUUACAGAAUGAGACAACAAAAGAAUUAGCAGCACAGGCAUUCCUUAAAGUAGGAGAUGAAGGAAUGAGAAGAUUUGAGAAUAGAGUACGAAUGGUAUUAAUGUCUAGUGGUGCGACAACAUUUACAAAAAUAGCAAAUAAAUGGAAUACAACAUUAAUUUCUUUAAUGACGUAUUUCCGUGAGGCAGUAAUUCAUACAGAGGCCUUAUUAGAUUUAUUAGUUAAGUGCGAGAAUAAGAUACAAACAAGAAUAAAAAUUGGAUUAAACAGUAAAAUGCCUUCACGUUUCCCUCCUGUUGUAUUCUAUACUCCUAAAGAAUUAGGAGGAUUAGGUAUGUUAUCUAUGGGGCAUAUAUUGAUACCUCAAUCGGAUCUACGUUAUAGUCAGCAGACAGAUACAGGUAUAACACAUUUCCGUUCAGGUAUGUCUCAUGAAGAAGAUCAAUUAAUACCUAAUUUAUAUCGUUAUAUACAAACAUGGGAGAGUGAAUUCAUUGAAUCACAACGUGUAUGGGCAGAAUAUGCAUUAAAGAGAGGGGAGGCAGCAGCACAGAAUCGUCGUCUUACUCUUGAGGAUUUAGAGGACAGUUGGGAUAGAGGUAUACCCCGUAUAAAUACAUUAUUCCAGAAGGAUCGUCAUACAUUAGCGUAUGAUAAGGGAUGGAGAGUAAGAGAGGACUUCCGUCAAUACCAGCAACUUAAGGCUCACCCCUUCUGGUGGACCCAUCAGAGGCAUGAUGGUAAACUAUGGAAUUUAAAUAACUAUAGAACAGAUAUGAUUCAGGCAUUAGGAGGAGUCGAAGGUAUUCUUGAACAUACACUCUUUAAGGGAACUUAUUUCCCUACAUGGGAAGGUCUCUUCUGGGAAAAAGCUUCAGGGUUUGAAGAGAGUAUGAAGUAUAAGAAAUUGACUAAUGCGCAGAGAUCAGGUCUUAACCAAAUUCCUAACAGAAGAUUUACUCUCUGGUGGUCACCAACUAUUAACAGAGCCAAUGUAUACGUUGGUUUCCAGGUGCAACUCGAUUUGACGGGUAUAUUUAUGCACGGCAAGAUUCCAACUUUGAAGAUUUCUUUAAUUCAAAUCUUCAGAGCCCACUUAUGGCAAAAAGUUCAUGAAUCUAUUGUCAUGGACUUAUGCCAGGAUGACCGUAUAGUCAUGCUAAUUUGGAGGGGUCGCCAUAGGCGUCUUCAUUGA